AUGGCCGCCUCAACAUCCACGGCCAACCAGAACGACUUCGAGUCCUUCCACGCUCACCUCAAAGGAUCAAAGAGAGUAGUCGCACUUCUAGGAGCCGGUCUAUCUGCCUCGUCAGGUCUACCCACCUUCCGCGGCGCAGGUGGACUAUGGCGAACCCACGUCUCGACCGACCUCGCCACACCCGAAGCAUUCGCAGAGCACCCAGGCCUGGUGUGGCAGUUCUACAACUACCGCCGACACAUGUCUCUCUCGGUUGAGCCCAAUCCAGCUCAUCACGCUCUGGCCAGGCUGUCGAAAAAGAUGCCAGACUUCAUCACGCUGUCCCAGAACGUGGACGGCCUAAGUCAACGCGCCAAUCACCCUCCGGAACAGCUUCAACUCCUCCACGGCACUCUGUUCGAAUUGAAGUGCGCCAGCAGGUCCUGCGAAUACCGCGAGACCAACUUCACGGACCCUGUGGUCCCAGCUCUAGCCAUCCCGACCGACGGGGUCGACCCAACAUCGACCGAAGCUCGCAAGUCAGCCAACAGCCAACUCGAAGCACAAGCACAAGGCAAAGACCUCGACAUCUCCGACGAGAAAGUCCCGCUUCCAUUUCUCACAACCUACGACCUCCCACACUGCCCGAAGUGCAAGAAGAACCUCCUGCGGCCCGGGGUGGUCUGGUUCGGUGAAUCGCUUCCGGGAGACGUUCUUGGAAAAGUGCACGACUACCUGAACCAGCCGGAGAAGAUCGAUCUGAUCAUGGCUAGAGCUAAGGGUGCUAGAGUCUGCGUCGUGAACAUGGAUGCGAACGAUGCUCCGCCGGGUGGAUGGAAAGAGGGCGACUGGUUGUUUGCUGGAGAUGCGGCGGUACUGGUGCCGGAGUUGUUGAAGCCGAUUAUUGGGGACGUCAGGGCGAAGGCUUGA